AUGGUUCAGUCAGCUGUAAUGUGUUUUCUUGAGGGUCUGACCACACACACAGACACAGAGUAUAGUUUUCUCCCCGAACAGGAGACUGAACGCUCAGCUCAUCUAACGCUACGAAAUGGAGACAAAGUGGAAGAUUUUGUUGUUCUCAACGUGUGCUGGAGCCUCUGCGUUGCUGUGAGAGUUCUACUCUUCGCCACGGUCAGUCCGUGGUGUCACAAUCACAUGACUCAGCUCAUCGACAUCAAAAGAGAGGCUCUGAGUCUGCUUGAGGACGACUUUGAGGAGCCUCCCAGAGAUCCCGAGAAGUUCAUCAGCAAUCCUCUUGCAGCGUUUCAGCUCGUGAGAAACUUGCAUCAAGUCUGGGCCGCUGUCUGGGAACUUAUCGAAGGAAGACAUGCAGAAGACUCUUUGGCAAGCCUUAGAUCUGCCGCUCAGACUCUUCCCAGCUCAGAAGACGUAGACGGUGUAGUGAUGGCUUUGGUUCGACUGCAAGAAAUGUACGGAUUAGAUCCGAGGAACAUCUCCUUAUUUUCUGAAACGAAGCACAACGUAACGCUGAUCCAGAUGAAACUUUCCACAUCGCCACGAUCUCCU